CUUUGCAAAGAAACUCUUAAAACUCCCUUGUUCUAUCUAGAAAGCUUAUUCUCUCUUGCUAGAAAUCGAUUUUCUCUGUCAUUGCUGAGUCUCAAAUCCAUUUUGUUUCAUCACUUAGCUCAAUUCCAAAGUACCAUGGCAAAAGAAAAUCCAGAGUUGCAAGCAAAAUUACCAAGGAAAGCCAAUGGAAAGGCGAUUGCCUCUAGCUCACAAAGCAAGGAGAAAGCUGUUGGUUCUGGGUCUAAGAGCAAGGGAAAUGCUAAUCUAUUCAAGUUCAAGGGCACCUGGAAAACAGAAAAGGGUUGAAAGGAGUCCAAGUGAGGAUUUGAGUGAAAAAGAGCUCAAUGUUGCUUCACCAGCUGCGGUGCCACAAAAGAAGAAGAAUUUGGAGAAGAAACCCAAAGCAAUUCCAACUUACUCAGAUUAUCUCAAGAAGCUCCAAGCUGUGACACUUGAAGAGACUUGGUUCCCAAACCUUGAUUUUCUAAGAAAGCUUGGGAUUUUUGAAGAAGUGAGGGCAGUGCUUCACACCAUUGGUCUUAGGAAUCUGAUGGAGAUGCCCCAUCCCUCUUACAAGGAGAUUACUUGCCAAUUCCUUGCAUUGUUAAUAGCAGAAUUUCACAAUGGAAAUGGAUCAGCUGAACUUGAAGAUGGUUUUGGAUCCAUUGAAUUCAAAAUUGGCAAGGAAAGAUAUGAGAUGACUUUUAAGGAGAUAAGCGAUUGCUUUGGGUUCCAAGUUAAUGGAAAAACUUCUUAAAGGAGGCUGAGAUACUUUGGGUCUGAUAUGCAGCAGUUAUUGUGGGCUAUAUGGAAUGGUCACUAUUUAGGUGGUGUAAGCUAGGCCGCUUGCAUUAGAAGCCCAAUACUGAGGAUGGUCCAUAAGAUUGUGGCUCAAAUAGUCUAUGUAAAGAAGAAGUUUUCAAGAGUUUAUGAUGAGGAGUUAAUGCUCAUUGGUGAAGAUAUAAAGCGCCUGAUGCCAGUGUUCAAUAGUGGAAUGCCUUUACAAG